AUGGACGAGGUUAUUAUUUCCGAAGUUUUUAAAAGAACUGCUUUGUGGAAUCCAAAUGAGGAACUCCACAAAAAUUUGUCGGUGCUUAGAAGAUUGUGGGAUGAAGUAGCGGAGGAGGUCCAGAAAGAUGUAUAUGGAGAUAAACAUGUUGCCGGAUGGGCCAAACGACUACCUAGCAAAAGCAAAGCUCUAAUAGAGCAAAGCCAACGAAUAGCUCUUAUAAGAACCACAAAAGGGUACACGACGAUUUCAACACAUGCCCUACAAGUAAUAGCCAACGCACCGCCAAUAGACCUAGUCCUUUUGGUCAUCCACCAAAAAAAGAAAAACGAGGCUAUUGAUAUAGGAGCAAGCCAAGGAGAAAUAGACUGGUUCCGAAGCACAACGGUGAAGGAGGCAAAAGAAACGAGCACUCCAUACCUUUUCAACACAGAGCUGGCAUAUUUACACAUCAAUGAAUCUGCAAACUUUUCACGACAUCAAGGAACCGUUGACAACGGAAAACUGUGGGGUCCGACGCGUGAUUCUCUAUACAUAGUCAUUCCAGUUACGAUCCUUUACUCUUUCAUUUUCUUUACGGGCAUCAUCGGCAACGUCAGCACGUGCAUAGUCAUCGCCAGGAACCGGCAUAUGCACACUGCGACCAAUUACUACCUUUUCUCACUCGCUAUAUCCGAUCUUUUACUAUUGGUCUCAGGCUUGCCACAAGAAAUGGUCUAUAAUUGGUCUAAGUAUCCUUACUUGUUUGGAGAGUGGUUUUGCGUCUUGUCAGGUCUUGCAUCAGAAACAUCUUCCAACGCCACAGUGCUUACGAUUACGGCGUUCACGAUAGAACGCUAUGUAGCCAUCUGUCAUCCGUUUCUGAUGCACACGUUUUCAAAACUGUCACGAGCUAUUAAAUUUGUAAUCGGGAUAUGGGCCAUCGCUUUCUCCUGUGCUGUGCCUCAGGCGAUGAACCUCGGCCUAGUUUACGCUCACAACAAAACCACCGGCCUCAUCAUAUCCGAAGAGUACAAGAUUUGCACGGUGAAAACUCCGGUGCCCUACUCGUUUGAAAUCUCUAUGAUUCUCUUUUUCUUCUUUCCAAUGUCGAUAAUCACAGUCCUUUACGUCCUAAUCGGCGUCAGGCUGCAUAAAUCGUCGGGAAGGAAGGCCAGUCAUCGACUAAGGGAUUCGAGAAGGAACAACAAUGCAAAAUCAACCACCAGGGUCGUCAAAAUGUUAGUCGUCGUCGUCGUGGCAUUUUUCAUAUGCUGGGCACCAUUCCAAGCACAACGCCUAUUCGCCCUGUAUGGUGAAAACAGUUCGCCCACAAUGGUCGUCUUCUACAAAUUCAUCACGUAUAUGUCUGGCCUAUUGUACUACUUGUCGACCACUGUCAAUCCCUUUCUUUACAACAUUAUGUCCUUAAAAUUCAGGGAGGCAUUCAAGAGUACUCUGACAAGAUGUUUGAAUGGAAGGGAAGUUCUGAGAUCUGAAGGAGGCGGAGGUAGCAGUAAUGGAGGAGGUCUUGGACCCAGGUUCAAUUACUCAGUCCUCUCGCACCGAUCCAUCAGGAACAAUCACAGUGUGAGCAGUCAUAACAUCAACAAUAACAAUUCCUGUAGUUCCGGAAACUCUUACGAUGGAGUAGACCUGAACCGAAGGCCUUUGGUUGUCUCUUUUAAGCGGAAAAGCGCCAGAACUUCCACCACCUCUUUGGACUACCAUCUCAGCCCAGAGAAACGGGAGCUCUUGCGAGUACCGAAAAUGGACUAUCGAAUACACAUCCCGCCGCCGUCUCCGAGGUUGCCCCUUUGUAAGACUAAGGAAGAAAAACAGAACGGCGCGCCGAAAAUCUCCCGUAUAGAAGAUAUCGAGAUCUUUCAAGAAUCCCAACUGAGGAUAGAGAGAAAAGGCAGGAAAAAGGAGCCAGAAGUUCAGUCCUGCUCCGAACACUCGGAAGAAAAGAAGCAUUCCAGCUUCAACGAGGAAGAAGGAGACACAAUGAAUCUCGUAAAAAAAUCGUACACAGUACCCUGCCUCAUGAUGAACACAUCUUAGGUCAAUUUGCUUGGAAAGCAGGUUUUGCCAAAUGACAAAUAUCACACUCUUAUAUUCAAUGUUAAUACAGUGCUGUUAUUAUUAAUUUACAAAUGGGACAAGUAUAAAUAGUUCAUUUUAAUUUUAGAGAUAAUCCCUCCGUUUAACAUGCAAAGGAUUUGAAACGAAGAUUAAACUUCAGAGAUACGAACUGAGGACAAUCAAAUCCUUCGUUAUCUUCCUCAUAAAACGCUUAAUUCCGAUCUUGUUUAAUUAUUUCCCCACAAGAAUAUCGAACAAAUUGUUAAACGUCAAGACGUUGUUAUCCUUUGAUAUUACACGGCUUUCUUGAGUUUAUGCAAACUAGCAAAAACUUGUUCAUCCGGUAGAUUGUGAAAUUCUAAAGAUUACCUAGAAAUUCGCCUACUCAUGCCCAUUUCAUCCUACUGUUUGAACCAAUACUGUGAGUAUGAGAAUUUUUAUACCGCUCAAUUGCAGAAUUAAUGAAAAACUGGACCGCAAUUGAUGUUAUGACAAAGCUGAAAUGAUGCUUGGUCUAGGUGUAAUAAAAAAAAAUUGGCAAUUGCCAAGGGGCCUGUAAAAAAUACAAUUUUUAUAUAUUUUCCUCUGCCAUGCCGGAGUGUUUUUUAAGUACUUUUUAAGAACAAAUUUCAAAAAUAUGAGCAAAUAUUAUUAGCGCGUUCUGAAGAAAAACAAAUUUUAUCAGGGGCAAAUCAUUAUCAUAGCCAACAGUGUUUCAAUUGUAAAAUUCGUUAAUUAAACUUAAGUUGGUAGAUAUCUAAUGUUCAUCAUAGUAAAAGGAAUUUCGUAUAAAGUACCACACAUGUUAUAAAAUAAUAAAACAUGGGAAGUUUACAGAUUUGUAACAUUAUCAUGCCCUAUUUGAUAAUCUUUAUAAUCUGUUACCACUAAAUUCUACCGUUGACAUUGUUUGCAAUGUUUCGUUAUUCACUUUAAAUAAAAUAACAUUAACAUAUUUAUAUUGAAGAUAUAUUUCAUUAUAACGUUUCCA